GAUAAGGCUAGGAUUAAGUUUCUGUACGCGAGUCUUGGUUUAGAUAUAGCUUGUUUGUCCGUUAAAUAUUCAAAUAGGAGUGUUAUUAUUUAGAGCAAUACUGAAUAGCAUAGUUAAAAUGCAUAAAGUGCGUUGGUUUGCAUUUUUAUUGAUGUGCUUAGUGGGCUACUGCUACGCAGACGAAGCAACGUCAAAAAGCAAUGAACCCCCAAUCAAGCAGACGUGGGUCGAUAAAUUAACGAAGGAUUUGUUCACAAACUAUAAUCAUAAUGUACGACCAUCUCAGCACUAUAAUGUCACCAACAUGGAUGUUGGCUUGACUAUUUGGCAUGUGGAUGUUGACGAGGAUACAUCCAUAUUCUCAGUAUAUGGAUGGGUUAAAAUGGCUUGGAACGACGAUAAGCUCAAGUGGAAUCCGGCCGAUUACGGAAAUGUAAAUCAGUUCCGUUACAACCCGGCUAGCGUGUGGAAACCGGAUGUCGUUCUGUACAACAAUGCCAGAGGAGCGGAUAAUCUGCACUACGGCCAAACCAAUGUGAUUGUGUACAACAACGGUCAAGUACUAUGGGUACCUCCAACGGACUUCCACAGCUUCUGUGAACUGAAUCUCCGGUUCUGGCCAUUUGACCAUCAAACGUGUAUCUUGAAGCUUGGAUCUUGGACGUACGACGAGUACAAACUCAACUUGACAACCACCGAAGUGACACCUGAGAUAUUAUGGCUAGUCCCGAAUCACAAGUGGAGCAUUCGGAAGGUCACAGUUCAGCGCAACGUUAGGACCUACGAGUGCUGCAAGGAGCCGUACGUCGACAUCCAAUACAAUGUCACCCUUCAACGACAUUCCUCGACCCACAAGGCCAUUGUUGUCAGUCCCGCUUUCGUGAUAAUGCUACUAGCAUUGUCAGUAUUCUGGCUUCCUCCCCAAAGUGGCGAAAAGAUUGUGUUGAACGGAUUCAUUGCGUUGAUUGUGACAGUAUUUCUCAUCUACUUCGCUCAACAACUGCCGGCUAUGUCAGGACAUACCCCUCUAAUCGUAACCUUCUACAGUGCCACAUUCUACUUGGUAGCCAUCAGUACAAUCCUGUCGGUAAUUGCACUGCGUAUAACUCGUGGCAAGCACUGCCACUCGGUUCCACGUGCUCUGAAGAGCCAGUUGGACGGUUGUCUCGGUUCUGUGCUAGGUGUGAGCACGCCCGAUCGAUUGGAGGAUGACAAGGAAACCGUCAACGGCGAAGUAUUCGUCCAUACGAAGCAAAACGAAUGGUGCCGUUUGGCAACACUGUUGGACAGAUUGGCAUUCGUGGUCUAUUUGAUACUUUUUGUUGCUUCAAUUAUUUACUUCACUUUGUAGUUUAAAAUUUUAAUUUUUAUUCCAAUUUGUGAAAUUUCUGAAUAAAACUGCUUUUAUUAUGUAUGUGACUAAUAAAGAGUUCAAUAAACAGAG